AUGGGGCACUACUCGCUGCACGAGUCCUACCCAACAGAACUUCUGGGGGGCCAAGUCAUCGAGGGUUGCUCAGUGAACCUCCUGAAACUGGCGCUUGACAGAAUCUUUGCUGCGCUUAACAAGGCCAGCAGAAUCAAUGGAUCUGACCAAUUGUGGAGUGGCCAGCUAGAACCCGAACAGCAUAAUUUGCCGUUUGGUUGCCAGCUCCAGCAGCAGCAGCAGCCCAACCAGCAGCAGCAGACGCAGAAAACGCAGGGGCAACUCUCUCAAAGGCACGAGCAAAUAGUAAGGGAUCUAAGAAGAUGGGAGACCCAUAAAAAUAUUGUCGAGAAGCGCCAUGCAGCAGACACACAUGUGCUUGCCGCCUUAUUGCAGCAACGCCAACUGCUUGUGGAAUACGGGAAAGAGAUCCAGCAGCAACAACAGCAACUACAGCAUAUAAUAAUAUUUCUACGGCAACACAGAAGUGCCCGUAAAAUCUUGGACAUCUCUGGGCAGACGCUAGAAGAUGAGGUUGCCCUGCUUCAUCAGCUGGAGGAGAGGCUGUGCGAGCAGCUUAUGGGGGAGCAGAGACAGCAACAGGUUCUUCACUUAGUAGCUCGCCACUGUUCGCAUUUGCAGCAACUAACCGAAAACGCUAUACAGAGGCGAGAGUCGCACCUGAGGUUCUGCCAAUGCCGGAUUGAGGCUCUGAGGAGAGGGGAGUUUGGACCAUCAGGAGCAGAGUUGAUCCAUCCAGACCACAGAGCGCAGCACCCGCUCUGGCAAGUGCCUUUCGUCAUUGCCGAUUGCAAGGCCUCUUGUAAGACUUGUAAUGUUUACAAAACGCUAGACGAGCCUUUGGACGACCUCCCUGAAACGUUUGGGGCCUCUAGCACUAAUGAAAGCAGCAGCAGCCGCUGCAAGAACAACAGCACACACGCACAAGGUCGCAGCCGGAAUACCCUUGGGGAUUGUCAUUGUAACACGAAACAGUCAAACGCUUCUUAUGAGGGCGAAACAACUGCUGGCCAUGAUAAGCAGCAGCAGAGUGGGCAACUGCUUUGCUCGCACAAGCAAGCUCCUGCUCAGAUGUCGGGCGAAAAUGAUAUAAGAGACAGUAGGUUUAGGAGCCUGCCAACUGGUGUCUUGAAACAACAACUGCAGCAGGUGCGAAAAGAAAGGCGCGGCUUUUUUUCCAAAGGGCAGGCUGUUGAUGCCAAGCAGGUUCACCUUGGUGUGAAGCAGGCGAAUCUGCGGAGGCGUGAACAGCCAGGCGCAACAGAAGGGCUGGUAGCAAUGCAGAUUUUGCAGCAGCAGCAGGAGUCUAGCACCUUCAGCACUUGCUCGGAGACACCUUUUCAAGACCAGCUGGACGAAGGCGACUAUCAAGCCACAAGGUCACCCGCUGUGCUUUUACCCAAUGAAGCUACAAACGGACCCUUCAUCUCAGUCCUACUGUCGCCGCAAAGCGUACAACUGCACCAAGUAACAGAACUUGGCUCGAAGGAAAUUGAGCAGAAAGCUGCAACGUUCCAGAAAUCGAGUGCGCGGCGACACCGUCAGUUGAUUCUGCAGCUCAGAGAGCUUCAGCAGCUAGAGGGGCUUAUUUAUGGGGCCCUAUAUGAUGAAUGUAAUGUGAAACUUGUGAGUCCCGUUGGCCUCACAGGCUCCCUUCUACACUGUUCACAAAGGCGACACCAACAACAGCAGCAAGUGGCUGCAGAGCUGCAUCAGAGAAGCAGCAAACUACUGCAGCUUUGCACACGACUAAACCCUGCUCUAGCCAAAAAACAACAAAUUGAGGAGCAUCAGCAGCUCAUGAUGCAAGCGGAAGAGGAUCAAACAGACGAAGAGCUGAGGAUUCUACAUCAAACUCAUGCAAUUUUGGUAACUCUGCUGGACGAACGAUUUCAGGGUUCCUCCUCCCCUCACAAUUUGGGCCACAAUCAACAGCUGCUUUUUGAACUUGCAGAGAAGCUUCGUCAAUUGCAGCAGCUGAAAGUUGUCCCUGCUCAUACUCGGCGAGCGCUUGCUUGCAUUCUUGGAGAAAUGAAUCACAGCCGCAGCAGUCCAAUGCAACGGGAACUCAUUCACGGUACGUGGAGACAGCAGCAACAGCACAAGCACCAUGAGGUGCUCUUUGCUGUUUCUCUGCGCGAAGUAGAAAGCUUCAUUUUGAGUCGAAUUGAUGAGUUGCAAGAGCAGCCACUGCAGCGGCGACGCCAGCAAGAAGUGCAGCAACAACAGGAAGCACAGCAAAGCCAGGGGGAGCCAGAACACCGAAGACGGCUGUCGAACCAACAAGAUCAUCAAUCACAAGUGCACAAGCAAACAACAGAAAUCCUAAAACCCAAACAAGGCAAUGAAUCUCCUCACAAACAGCUGAGACAUGGAAUUGAGUUGCUGAACGCUGCAGUGCAGAGAGUAACCCGCCCGAAAAAGCUCUAUUCACACUAUGGAGAUUGCAGCUUCAACGACAGCAGCACUGAUAAGCAGGAUGUGCAAAUGUCACUCAGAUCCGAAUAUAUUCCGGUGUACUCUGUCUUCUGUCCAACCCUAGGAAUCGCUGUAGCUGCCUCUGGCUGCACUUUCGUACCGUUGGCCUCCCCACGGCUCCGCCCUACAGUGGGCGGUGUGGUAUCUGGAACAGCAGAAGCCAUAGAGAGAGAUACACCAUGCAGCUACAACACAAACGCUGCAGGACUGCUGAGAGGAAAAAGGGCGACAGAAACCAGCACACAACUGGCUGGAAGCAAUUACCUUGAAGCCCCCUCGCGGCAAAUAGAAAAGGCAUGUGGAGGAGCUCUCACCUGCCCACCAACAAGAUCCCAAACAGCACCGGUAACUAGCUGCCGAAAAUCCGAGUUCCGCCUCACUGAAGGCGCAGGAGCACGAGUAGAUAUAUCAAGUGGACAAAGCUUAAUGGCACCAGAGAAAAAAGGACAGGGGAUUUGCUGGAGGCCACUAGCACCAACAGGAACAACAACUGAAGCAGCGGCAGCAACAGCUGCAGCAGCGGCAAACGCAGCUGCAGCGAGCAGCGAUGGCCGCCCAGCGACUGCGACGCUUACAGACGAUUUGCGACGGCCUCCUUGGGGACCCCAAUCGAGCUUGCAGGGAUCUGCAACCACGAGCAUUGCAGGAGCUGCAACAGCAGCACAAGCAACAAAUGUAAUAACCACAGCGGCAGAAGUAGUACGCAUCCGUCCUUCAACCCCUCAAGAAAUGCGGAACGAAGUGGAACGUCGCAGACAACAGGUAUUACAAGCAAAGCACCACGUACAGAGGUUACAACAAUGGCAACCGCAGCAGCCACAGCAGCUGCUGCAUCAGCAGAAUGUGCAGAAGCAGCAUUUAGUCCAGCAGCAGCAAACACAAGCGUUUCUGCAGAGGCGGCAGCUUUUUCAGUUUCAUCAUCAGCAGCACCAGCAAAUGGCAAGACAGGCGCAGCAUAUGCCAACCUUUAGCAGUGACACGCAACACCUGCUGCAGCAGCACCAACUUCGCCAGCAUAAGCAGCUGCAACAGCGUUUGCUUCAGGCGCAACAACUUCAGCAACAACCAAACCUACAGCAAUGGCAGCCUCUCGAGCCGUCUCUGAGCCCGCCACAUGCACUCAUGCUGCAGAAUCAAUGGCAACAGCCCCUACCACAGCUGCAACAGCUGCAACAGCUGCAACCGUUCCAGCAGUCCCUGCCUCCUCACAAGCAGCAACAGCCGCUGUGGCAGCAUGUUCAACAGCAGCGGUUGUGGGAUAUAGAGAACUACCACGUUACCAAUCCUUCAACCAAAGACACUGCCGCAGAAAUGGCACAAGCAGCAACUGCUGCUGUCUUUGGCGAGAGAUCGUGCGACUCUCCGAAUCACUUUCAGAGCUGCCUUCCGACGCUCAGCAGCAACAGCCUCCAUUGCCUGCCAUUAGGUGAAGCAGGAGAAACAGCAGCACAAGCCAUGCAUACAGUGCCAGAAGCUGCCUUCCAGGAGCGAAUUUUGAUUUGCUACCCAAAAGCCACAGCAGCUGCGCCUGCUAAAGAAUCAAGCUCAUCUUUUCCUGGGCAGUGCAGUCAAACUGUGGUGAAACCAACAGCCGCAGAACCUGCAGAAAGUACGGCCGUGGCCUCAUCACAAGCAAAUGACCAACAGGAUGUGCCGGCGGAUCACUUGCUCUUAAUGGAACUGCUUAUGUGCCUAUGCAGCCCGAAAACAGAUCCCAGCCCAGUAGAGCUAAGAGACGUUACAGCAAAAACAGCGGCAGCAGGCGGGGUCGCUGUCUCCAGCGAGUUGGAGUGCGUGGAGAUAGAUGAUCCACAGCAUCCCCUAAGGUUGGGAACACCCUGGAACGAGAAGGCGCUCGCGAGCCGCCUACGGGAAGACGCAGCGCCUAUUCCGGCAACCCAUAAGGUACCAGUGGUGUUGGGUGAGGUUGUUGGUAGAGUGACAGUUAGCACCAACUUGGCUGCCAAUGACGGCUCCUCCCCUCGCUUCGGUCUCUCCUUUUCACCUGAAGCUAUCCUUUCUGGCUUUGUAGGUGCGGGCGUCUCUUCCGGAGCAGCAGCAUCUCCUCUGCUGCUACCCGCGGCUGACUGUUUGUGCCUUUCCGCCUUCUUCACGGGAAGAAAUAGGGGAUCUGCUGCAGCAGCUGUUAGACAUUUUGAGGUCCCUCGACUGGAUUCUCCUGCUCCACUCACCUUCCAACAGAACUGUGAACUACACACGGUGUAUGUGAAUGGAUGGCCUCACUUUGUGCUAACGUCGAUUCCAGGGGUUGCUGUGAAGGCAGGAGACUUUCUCUUUGCUGACUUGGGGCCGCGGCUCUUUGCGAGGCUGCGGCAACGCUUGUGGCAGCAGGCCGCACUGCGACUUGUCGAAUUGGGGCCGAGAGCUCCCCACCAAGUCGAUACCUGCGGCUUUGAAAUCCAAUUUGAGCAAGGGGUGGAAUGUGUCGAAUGCUGCUUGGAGGCAGCGCAUGGAGGUAGGGCAUGCCACAACUUGCCUUUGUUUUUGGGCAGGAGGCAAUGCUCACGAGUGCACGAGUGGCCUCGCGAGAGUGAGAACCUAACCAUGCUCCCUCCCCAUUUCCUCAACAAGCCCAACCAGCAGCGGAGACAACAGCAGGAACUACAAAUGAUGCACCAGGACCUUCAAGAUCGGCAGCAACAGCAAGUGCACCAGUUAAUGCAGCAGCACGCUUCAACAGAGAUUCGGCAGUUAGGCAGAGGACUGCAGCUGCAUCGGAGCAGUAGAGGUCCGCAGGCUGAAAAUGCAUUGACAGAGGUCGCUCCUGAUAUUUUGUCAACUUUCUCUUCGGUCAGCAGGUCCGAGUGUUUGGCCGCUCUUCUUCACUUCAUCAUUACAGGCAAUGAUACACAAAAUGGCCCCGUCAAUGCUGCUACUCUUACGGCUGUCGCAACUACUACCGCGGAGGACCUGCGUUGCUCGUGUGCCAAGAAAACAUUUCCCAAUACUCUGCCCCCUGAACGCUUUUCCCUUCAGCUGUCCAUUUUUCGCACACAGCUGACUGGGGAAGCGCCGCUAGCAGGGUUGGCUGAGGAUGACAUGAUGGCGCUUGCAGCUUCCUUGGUGCCCUGCGCUAAUUGCUAUAGAAAGAUUGUGCUGCAGCAGCAUUACCGCCGCUUGCUGCUGCUCCAGCAACUGCAACAGAUGAUGGAGAAGCAGCUGCGAAUUCUGGGGCAAUUUCUCCAACACCAGCAACAACAGCACAGACUGGAUCAGUUGGCUUUUAUACGAGAGAGACUUUCUGCACUCCAGCGGGCACCCAGCACGGUUUCCCCGCCAUUGUGCAGCCAGCUGUGGCAGUUGCAGCAGCAUCAAAAGCAAAUGUUACAGGGGAGCUGCCAGGAACAACGACGACUGCAGCAGCUCCAUGACCUUGCUGCACUUGUGCUAGUUGCGCUAGGAGAGCCGACAGUUCCACAAACAAGAGCGGCAGAAGGGAUAAAGCAACUACAACAGAAGCAACAGUCAGUUGCGGGCAAGAUUCAGUCUGAUGAGCUGCAUGAUGAUUUGCUGCAACUGCUGAAUAAGACGCUCCAGGCGGCACACGCCCAGCAGCCCUGUUGCACUGUGCUGCUGCGCCGUCUACUGCAAGAGAUACAAGAAGCAUCUCUGUGGUCCGCAGACAUAAAACGCAACAGAAAAAGCAGCAGUACAACAAGUAAUGAAACCGUCGCGGCUGCCUCCUCGCUGCCGGAUUGCAUAGGCAUUCUUUCGUUGCCGGAAAGAGCAAAUGUAGCAGGAGUAGCCGACCAACGAGCGGCAGCAGCAGCUAUGAUUGCAGAUAGCAGCCUCUGGCUUGCUAGGCUGGCCCAAAAAGCUCCACCAGGUGCAGCUGCUGUUGCUUCAGCGUUUGGAGAAAAAGGCUUUUUGAGGGAUUUAGCAGUGGCUGCACUCAGAUGCCGUCUGCUUUCAGGACACUCCGUUGAAUCCCCAAACGGUCUCCAAGGGGCUGCCGACCAGGCAGCAAAGACGUGGAAACAUGUGAGCCAUGUGCUUCUCACCGCUUGUAACAGGCGUCGUCAACUGCUGCGAGCUGUUUCGUUCCUUCUUCAAAAAAGUCCUCAGUUUCUUGCGUCUUUGCAACGCGACCCUGAGCAAAGACCACCAUACCAGUGGAAAGAGCGGCAAGGAAACUGGCAGAAACAGCAUCAACAACAGCACGUACAGCAGCAGCGGCAGCAUCAACAAAGAGAAUCCCAACAGCAUCAGCAGCAGUUUCAGCAGCGGCAACAAACAGGGAGCUCACCUCAGUUAUACGACGGCGCUGCGGCAGUUCCUACCUGCGCGCAUAGCAUCUGCACUGGAAAGCAACAGCAGCAGGAGGCGAUACAACAAACGCAGCAACUGGAGAUCGCGCAGCACGAGGAGGAGCAGCAGCUAUUGCAGCGAGAGCAAAAAGCGCUUCAGUCAGCAUUGCAGGGGGCGUAUUCUGUGCAGCAGCCCUUGCAAAAGCAAGCCGUGCAUCAUCAGAGCAUAGAACGGCAACAGCCUGCUCACUUGCAGCACUCAAAGCAAUUCCUGCAUCGUCAAUCUAUGGAACAGCAACUGAACGAAGACCAACGACGCACGUUAAGCUUCCAGACCUACCAAAUGCAACCGCCGCAGCAAAGUCAACAGAAACAAAAGGUGCAGCCGUCCCAGAGGCAGGCGCUUUAUGCUUUGCUGCAGCCUGAGCACAUACACCAGCAGUGCUUGCAGCAACAGUAUUUGCAGCCACUAAAGCAGCAGCUUUUCCAGCCUCCCCAGCAGCAGCAUUUGCAGCAGUUGCAGAGUCUUCAACAAUUUCAACAUCCGCAGAAUUUGCAAGCGCCUCAGGUCUUGAAUUUCGGGGGCGCAUUGGAGGAGGCGCAUGGAUUGAGAAGGUGGACUAGAGACACCACUGAGCAAGAACAGCUGCAGCGCAAUAUACUGCAUCAGCACAUGCACCACGUGCAGCAACAGCAGCAUCAGCUGCAGCAACUCCAGAGGCAGCAGCAAGUGGAGCUUCAUCCAGAAAUGCAGGAUAGUGGAAGGCAGCACAAAGGCUUGCAAAGCAAGGAAAUGCACCUAGCAGAGCUGUACCAAAGGACGAUGGGACACGUAGAGCUACAAGAGAACGAGAAACAGCACAACUACGUUCAAAGAAUGCAGCACGAAGAACUUGAUCAACAGCGGAAAUGCAAUAUUGAGCCCAUUCAGCUAUAUUGUCAACGGCGGCAGCGCCAGAGGAGGCAACUCCUGCAACAAAGAAGCCGAAGACGCGAGAGAAUGUCUCACGGUAGCACCACUUUAAUCCGCGGGCUUCCUAAAAGGCAUUGCCCUUCAGUUGCUGCUGCUGCUGAUCUGUCUGAUGAAGAAAUCUACCCACAGGUGUCAGAAAGGGUUACCACAAACGCUGCUGAGGUCUAUUACCCAAGAGGUCCAGUUUCUCAUCUCACUAGCACCAGUGGAAGCCCAUCGUGUUUUGAGUUGAACGUCGCCAGAGCUGACGCAGGAAUUCCUCGAGGCACAGCUGCUUCAGAAGCUGCCACCACGGCUCCCUCGGCAACUGCUCACCAGCAGCUAGCUGAAGCAGAAGCAGGACGUACUAGAACAAUGCAGGAGCUGAGAAGGACAAGGAAGAUGCGCGCGUUGAGGUGCAUGCUGGCGCACAAAGGCACCAGCAGCGUGGCAUCACCCGUUACUGCAGCAGAUACAGCUCACAGAGCAGCUGCCGCUGAGCUCAAUGAUCAGUCCGUUAUUGGGGCUAAGGUACAGGAGACAGCGGCACGUUCUCAAGCUGCUGCCGCUGCGUCUGGCAAGAGAACGAUAGAAGCUGUCAAUACAGAAGAUGCAUUGCAAGAGCUCCCUGAAGGAAGCACUGUUGCUGAGAACGAGGGGGAUAAGGCGGCUGCAACGCAACGAGCUUGUAACAGAUCGCCAAGAGGCGGGCUUUUUUCUGUCAGCAGUGGCUUCCCGCAUUGCUGCUACGACGCUGCUCAAUGCGUUGACGAAGUAGCGGCAGACUCAAAGGAAGCAGAGCGCGCAGAAACGAAUGGCAUUGGCGUAGAUGCAGAAACUGGCGAAAGCUCGGUGGCAGCAGACAAAGUAACAAGAAAGCAGGAUGCAACAACAACGGCACUUCCUCUGGCAGCAGCGCUAUGCCAAGAACAAGCCUGGGCAGCAGAUGCAGGACAGGAAGAUAAAAAACUGCCGAUGACUGGCCAAAUUUUAGCAGUACCAGCGAGGGAAGACGCUAAAAGCGUAUUUACUGCACCUUCUGAGCAAAUAAUAGUAGCAUCAGCAACCGGCGAAGACUCUACUGCUGCAGCCGAAGAGCGAAUCGCGGUGGCAUCAGCAGCCGCCGAAGACGCUACCGCUGCUGCUGCUGCGCUGCUGGACAGGGCCCCUGAAGCGCCAGAGGUGGCAGCAGCGGCAGCAGCAACAGCAGCAACUGACGCGCUGCUACUUUCUCCACCGGCAGUUCUAGGCCCGAUAAAGAAACCACUUUUCCUGAAUGGAACUGAAGGACUGCUAGCAGUGUCCGCAGCAUCAGCAGCAGGUACAAGGAGGGCCAAGAGAAUGCUGCCCGCAGGCCUAACACAGCGCCGGCGAAUAUUUGCGUACUGCUGCCGAGAAACUAUGGGAGACGGUUGUGCCUGCAUUGCAUGUACGAGCUGCAGACGUCAACCUCCUGUGGUGUCCGUCACAGAUGCUGCAACAGAGGCGGACUACAGCAAAAGAUGUGCAGGGCCUUUGCAGCUGCAAGAGCAGACGCAUAGAUCCCUUAGGUCUAGAAAGGGAAGAUACGGAGCUGCAACACGAGAAGGAGAGUGCAUCAGCGGCAGUAACACCAGCAGGAGGGAUAUGCACAAUCAAAGCUUCAGAAAGAAGGAGAAACGCAAAAAGAAAGUCUACUACUAUAGCACGAGCGACCGAUGUAGCAUAAGCUGCGACUCCAGCAGUGGGAGUGAUUGGGAAGGGUCUACUAGCAAGCGAAAGAGGCAGCCACAGAAUAAAAAGUACCAAGAAGCAGCAAACGGAGCAGAGCGGAAGGCUCCUCCUGCUGCUGCUUCGGUUGCAGCUGUUCGCGCCCUUCGUCGGGUCAAAAAGCUUGCUGUCACAGAUGCAAGCACUACUAAAGCACCUCUCUCACAGGAAGAGCAAAGAGAAUUUACUUUUGUCGCUGAAAAUGUGAGAAUGGAGCACUGCACCGCCGAUCGUGCAGCUCCAUGCUCCACUGAUGCAAUGGAUGCGCACAUCGGCGGCACCCACAGCGAUGACGACAACCUCACUCCAAAGGCUGCCACAGGAGUAGAGCUUCGACUGAAUCAAAAACGAGAGAGCCCACAGCGGCUGUGUAGGAAAACCAGUCAGCAGCAGCAGCAACGUACAGGGCCGACACUGAACCUUUUUCGUGUCCUGCGCAGCAGUAAGAAGCCUCUUGGGGAGACAACAGUAAAGGAGGCAACGGAGACAGCACUGCACAAAAGCGUCGAAGGUAAAGAGCCUCUCUUUGCCGAUGGCGAAGCUUUCUCUGCUGUGGUGCCUGCCUCUUCUAAGCGAGCCGAUGAAACGGGCCUCCCCGCCUCUCCAGACACGUUUCUGUCGGACCCAGCAGUCGUAGAAGAAGCCACAGAUGCGUGUAACCGUCUCCUUCGAAGCAGCUGUAGCGAUUCCAGACAGUCAAACGCGUAUGGUGACGACGAUGAGAGGCUAUCAACUACAGACGGCCUCCGCCUGCACCUUGAGAAGAGGCCGCUGCCACCUCCAACGCCGUCAUGCGAGAUUCCCACUCAAAAGAAACAGCAGCAACGGGUCCAACAGGAAGAAGAACAACAAUGUGAACAAGAAGGGCAGCAACAAAGACGCCGGCGCAGCAUCGGCGCGAUCAUCAAUUGUACUUUGCGAAGCGGCAGCGGGGGUACAGCAGCAGGAGAAAGAGUAAAAACUGGCAGUGUAGCAUGUGCUGUGUCCAAUGCAAUGGUUCUGCGGAGUGAACAUGAUGGGCAACAGCGGCGAAGCUAUCAGCGCCACGACGAUAUCUCAGCACUGCCUCUUGAAGCCGCACCACAGAUCCUCGAGGACUUCAGGGAACUGGUGUUAUCGUCAGUGUCCGGCCCGCAUCAGCGAGAGGAGAAACAGUCCUUGGCACAGCAUCAUCGCACACGAAAAUGCACUGCUGCCUCUCUGCUUGCAGCUGCUGCUGAGAGUGGCAAUAACAGCAGCAGCUAUAACACGCCCAGCAAAUCAUCGCACGAUUCAUGCAUCCGCAGAGGUCAAUCUGUACGUGCUGCUGCCGCAGCAGUCGCUGCUGCAACUGUAGCCCGACUGCAGGAAAGCAGAACUACGAGUCAAGCAACCACUAACGCAGCGGCUGGAGAAGCAGCAGCUGAAAUAGCGAAGAACAUAACUUGGAACGAAAAGAGGCGUAGCUAUGCAGCAAAAAUCAAGGGAGUCUCUCAGCCCGUCUGGUUUGCUGCCAAGAGAAGAGGUGUCCCUCAGGCUCUUCAGGCCGCUGCAAAUCUCCUUGUCGAAGAUAUGAAUAGACGCAAACAGGAAAAUUAG